AUGGAUAUCGUAUUACUCCAAUCUCUUGAUAAUCUUGACUUUCGUGAAUGGUGUGAAUUAACUAGUAGCACUAAAAAAGGUAUCGAUUUUUGUCAAAACGUCGGCUUAAUUGGUUUCACUCUAAAUGAACCUUGUGCACAAGGUCAUAAUAAUUGGAAACUAGGUUCUUCUGCACGAGCAUCUGAUGAAUAUGUAUGGAGAUGUGGAAAAUGUAAAAGUACAAGAACUCUUCGACAAGGAACGUUUUUCUCCAAUUCGAAGCUUUCACUUCGUCAAGUUCUUGAUCUUACGUACUUCUGGUCGCAACAAAUCGAUUCGCAUACAUUUUCAAGGCGUCAUUUUGAUCAACGCGACGCUGCAACACUUCUACCAAUCAUCUACGAAUAUAUUCGUCCAGGCACUACUAUCUACAGUGAUAAAUGGGCCGCCUACAACGGCAUUGCUAAUGGACCAGGUCCUCAUCGGUACAACCAUCAAACGAUACUAGUGAUGGCAUCUGCAACAGUAUCAGAAAACUCGACUGCAGAAAAUCUGCCAAGUAUUAAUAGUGAAACAGCAAAGGUGAUUGAUAAAUCAGCUGAAUUGAUUCUCGAUUGCGACGCACUUUUAUUUACGAGUGGUGCCGGGAUGGGUGUUGGUAGUGGACUUGGCACAUUUCGAGGUAUUGGAGCUGGUGUUUGGCCACCUUUAUUAGAACAUCCAGAAUUGGAUUUUACUGAUAUGAGUAAUCCAAGUUGGUUCGUUAAACCCCAAGGCAAUAGCAGUAAACAUGACACGGCCAAUUUCGGCUACGCAUUUUGGGCCUAUCGAUACAAUGCAUAUACAUCAGCUGUUCCUCACCAUGGUUAUUCCAUUGCAAAAGAAUGGAGUCAAUUGAAUCAUAUUAAAUCCGUAUUUAGUUUUACAAGCAACAUCGAUGGUCAUUGGAUAAAAUCAGACUGGAAAGAAACGGCCGUAUAUGAAUGUCAUGGUUCAAUCGAUUAUAUGCAAUGUGUGGAGAAUUGUCGUAAUCGUAUAUGGCCUACCGAUGGUGCCUUGAAACUCAAUGUUGAUCCAAUUACGAAUUGUGUUAUUGAUCCUUUACCUCAAUGUCCUGAUUGCCAUGGUUUAGCCAGACCAAAUGUUUUAAUGUUUGGUGAUUGGGGUUAUAUUGAUGGCAGACAAGCGCAGCAAUGUUCCCACUACAAACAAUUUCAAGCAGAUCUUGUAGCAUCAAAAGCGAAUUUAGUCAUUAUUGAAUUAGGAGCUGGCACGGCUGUCCCAACAGUUCGAAUGGAGAGUGAGAAAAUGUUUAUUGAUUCACAAUGGACAGCUGAUUUUAUUCGUAUCAAUCCAUCAGCUGAGCACGCGAUAAUCAAAUCAUUUUAUAAGAAUAAAAGUAAACGGCAAGCACUUGAAUUGGUAUUGGAUGCAUUAACAGCACUGGAACUAAUCAAUGCUGCCCUGAAAAAGAAAUUGUAA